GUUCUGCUCCUGUCGGCUCGGCUGAAGAGGACGAAAGUGACCAGUGAUAAGCAAAUAUGCGUGGAAUCCAAGUAACAAUUUUCGUCGCUGUGUGCGCGGCUGCUAGCGCGGGAUACAUCGGUGGCUACGGAGGCUACGGCGCUGCCGGCUACGGCUACGAAGGCGACGCACAUGGCGAUUAUUACGCGCAUCCGAAAUAUGCGUUUGACUACUCCGUGAACGACCCUCACACCGGUGACCACAAAACCCAAUGGGAAACCCGCGACGGUGACGUUGUCAAAGGGGCAUACUCUCUGGCGGAGCCGGACGGUACCACUCGCAUUGUGGAGUACACAGCUGACAAGCACAACGGCUUCAACGCGGUGGUCAAGCGCAUCGGACACGCACACCACCCACAGGUCUACGGCAACCACUACGACGGAGGCUACUACGGCUACCACUAGAUGGCGCUAGCAAAAGCAACCACAAGCACACCGGCUCCCACGUAAUCUACCGCAAAUCCGCCAGAUGGCGUUGUUAAAAUAUUCCACUGCCGCUAGAUAAAGCAUAGGUAUAUUGUUAGCUAGCAAAUGGUUGAUACACCAUCCGCUAGAUGGCAUUGUACACUGUAUUUUAUCAAUAUGUUAUCGAUGAACUGUGAUACUCAUACAUUCCGCGUGUAUUUAUUGUAUGUUAAUUAAUUCUUCGAAAUCAUGACAAAUGAUGAUUAUUGUCUAGUUCUUAAGGUGGUCAACAAAACAAAUUUUAUUGUUGUUUUGAUACGAAGUAACCAAAAUAAAUAUUUUAAGACUUAACUUUCUUUA